GCAGCACUGGUCAGGGAUAAAUAAUUAGCGCAUGAACUUCCGUGUCUGCUGCUUCCGUGUCAAGUGAAGUUUCCUCUUCAGCUGGACCGUCCACCACUGCCUGAAAGGAGAGAAACUUGGAACAAUGAGACCCAUUCCCGAGGAGCUAACGUCGCUCAUUUCAGAUCUUGAACACUUCCUCAAUGAUGGAUUAAAAGGAGAAAGCCUCAGCAAGAAGGCUAAGGAGAGGAGGGAGACCUUCAUCAAACGGAUUAAGGAGGUUAAAUUAGGUUUCCCACAGGACUUCAAGGACAGAAGUGGAGAUGACUCAGACGAUGAGGAGGAGGUUGACAGCAACAAUGACGGUGGGUCUGUGCAGUCGGAGCGCACAGACAAAGACGAAGAUGCUUGUGAAGGAGCGCAGCAGUCUCCACCUGUGGCAGCUCAGGACCUGACAUCUGUCUUUAAGGCUGGUUACCUGGAGAAGCGCAGGAAGGAUCACAGCUUCUUUGGCACUGAGUGGCAGAAGAGAUGGUGUGCUCUAAGCCAUCAGACCUUCUACUACUAUGGCGGUGAGAAAGACAAGCAGCAGAAGGGGGAGUUCAGUAUCGAUGGGUACUCUGUCAAAAUGAACAGCAGUUUACGGAAAGACUCAAAGAAGGACUGCUGCUUUGAAAUUUCAGCUCCAGACAAGCGUGUCUAUCAGUUCUCUGCGUCAUCAGUGAAAGAGGCGAGGGAAUGGGUGAAACAGAUUGACUUUGUUAUAAAAGAUAUGUCAGGCAUCAUCCCAGAAGACGAGGAUGAGGAACAGGAAGUGUAUGAUGAUGUAGGAAAUCUGGAGGAAGAAGAUCAGUCUGAGGCGAUUGAUGAAGACAUCUAUGAAGAGCUGCCAGAGGAUGAAGAACCCACUCCAGUGAAGUCUCCUCCAAAGUUGGCUCCAGCCAGCAAACCGGCACCUCCUGCUGCAGUUGAUAAGAGCGAGGACUACCCCAACUACUACCAGGGUUUGUGGGACUGUGUGGCAGACCACUCGGAUGAGUUGUCCUUCACGGGAGAUGCCAUCUACAUCCUGAGCAAGGAGUACCAGAACUUUGGAUGGUGGAUCGGAGAGAAGAAUGGAGCGAUAGGAAUCGUCCCCAAAGAGUACCUGUUGGAGCUUUAUGCUCUAUGAAAUGUACACGGUGUGAGCUGCUCAGACCUCAUCGCUACCAUAGCAGGAUUUUAUUAGCUUACUUAUUUGCUCAGAACAACGACUACACGAUUAAUAUAUAGGCCUAUACAUGAAAGGAAUAAAUUCAUUACACUUCCACUGGUACAUUUAGUCAUUUCCAGGAUCAUAUUCACUGUAAAAGGAUGUUAGCACAGAUUUUCAUAAAUCUGAUACCGUGUUUGAAAGUAUUUUUCUACUGCCUGUUUCUAUUUAUUUUCCAUCUAGGACACAGUUUGUCUAAUCACUAUUUCAUGCUCUGCUUUUUGUAGAUUUGACUGAGAAAUAAAGAAUUUAUCAUA